AUGGAUGCCGACCUACCUGAAUCGAACAUGCUCCCCAGGCAACAGCCAUCAAUAUCUGGCAAUCACCCAUCAGACCCUAAUGGCGCUCCCGACACUCAGACUACAAAGCAACAGCUGAUACCAUCAGUAUCGGGCCACCCCUCACCUAUCCAUGGUGAGUACAUUCCACCUCAAACCCAAGUGGCUUGCCCACCAUUAGACACCCAAAUGAUGGGUCAAGUGGGGCAAAACUAUGUCCCGGAUAUGAUGACAGCUGCAAUGGGCCCAUCUUUUCCUAAUUUUGGGAAGAAUAUGUGGGUUUAUAACCCCAAUGCGCCCCGAGGCCAAUUGCCUCCAGAAAUGAUGCAAGCUUCGGCUGCAUAUUCGACCAAUGGAAUACUCGUCUACCUCUGCUCCUUCACUAACCUCGGAGCUCCCGUAUUCCACAAUCCCCUCAGUACCCCUCGAUGGUCAUCACCCCCUCCUUUCAAUUUAUUACCUAUGCCUCCCUAA